UUUAUUCCUCAUUAAAGCUUGGUAGAUUUAUUUCAGUGUUGUCUUACUGUAAAUUAACUGUCAGUAGAGUUUGUUUAAUGUAUUUAAACUCGCGCAGGUCGCAUUAAGCAAAUUAAGUAUAAUCAUGUCAUCAUCAUAAAUUAUAAUGUCAUUUUUGCUGUCGUUUGUAGAUUUUUUUUAGUUUCUGUCCUCAGCGAUGGAAAACGACAAGUCGAUUCAUCAGAGAAGAUUUGAAGCAGCUGUCAAAGUGAUGAGGACUUUUCCUGCAGAUGGUGCCUUUGUGCCGUCUGAUGACAUGCUGAUAAGGUUUUACACCUACCACAAACAAGCCACAGUCGGAGCCUGCAACACCACCGGACCCUGCGGCCGGGAUGCCCUGAGUAAAGCCAAGUGGGAGGCCUGGAAAGUGUUAGGUAACAUGUCCAAGGAAGAAGCCAUGAAGGCGUACGUUGAGGAGAUUCUACUGAUUUUGGAGAUGAUUCCCGUGACCGAGGAGGUGUCCGAGCUGCUGGACGUGCUCGAACCAUUUUACGAAGUGGUGGAGGACGAGGACGAGGACGAAGACAAUGACAUGACCAGCAAACCUGUGACAUCGGUGUUCUCAGGAAGCAGUGACAAACGGAGAGGAAGUUCCGUAGAAGAUGUAGAUGAUGACAUGGAGGAGGACGGCGAUGCUGAAGAUGUGACGGGGCUAAGGGUAGCUAACAGAGCUGAGAGAGGAGGAUCUCCGGGAUGUAACGGCAGUGUCUCCUCUCUCACUAAAAGCACACACAGCUCCCUAAAUACGGACGACGAAGAGGAGGAGCUGGAGUGCAGCUGCGAGAGAAGCCACGAGACGAGCCGCAAGAUGAGUCGCGAGACGAACCGCGAGACUCCAGAUUGCUUUCUUCACCUCCUCACUGAUGAUGGCAGUGUCAGUGAGCCGGAACAGCCGAGCGAGGUGUAUGGUGACUCACUGAGAGCUGAAGAGGGUUCAGGAGGCCUCAGAGCAGCUGUAGCUCAAGCCAAAAAGCCGGAGGGGCGAGGGGGAAACACAGAGGAUGAGGGUGUGAGUCAGGAUGGAAAACCACAGGGAGCAGCACUCCCCCCCCUCUGCACAGCGGCACAUGGACCGGUCCAAUCUGUCAUCCUGUCAGCCGGGGGAGGAAGAGGUUGUAAGUUAGGAGGAGAGUCUGUCGCUCCUUCCAGUAACGUCAUGGCACUGCUGAAUAAUGGUACAGACAGCGAGCGUGUGGUGAUGGAUCCGGUGAACACACAGAUUGUUGUGGCUUUGUCACGGCUACAGUACGACAUGCGGAGCGUGUUAGCGAGGCUGAACACACUGGAGGCUCGGGCUGUGUUGCAGGUUGAAAGGAUUGCUCUCCGCUCUGAGCCUCAUUUAGCUCUGGCUAACAAGCUACUUCCCAUGUGUCCAUCAGUCAUCUCCCAAAUCUCAGUGGCAUUUCUACUCGUCUGGCCUUUUGUAGCGCACUUCUUAGCUCAGCUUUACCUUAAAAGGAAAAGGAAGAUGAAGCUAUAAAGCCGUCUACGAUGCAGACGAACAGAACUCAACUGAAAUAUUAACUCAACCAGAAACGUCUAUGAACAUCACCAUGACUGCGCGCCGGUCCCGAUAGUGCCGUCACCAUCACUACACUGGAAGUCUGAGGGAUUGAGUUGGUUUAGAGGUCUAGGUUUAGCCCUGCUAAAAAAAAAACCCCACACACAAUAGAAACCCUCAUAGAAUUUGUAAUGGUUAUAAUAGAAAUUGUAUUGGUUUUAAUGUAAACUGUAAUGGUCCCUGUGGGUCCCUACAGGUAAUUUGUAGCCUUCUGUUGGUGGCAUGUUAUGCCUAGUGGAUACCAUUAAGGACCAAUAGAACUCCUUUGAAUACCUUGGUAAUGGUUUUAAUGGUUAACAGCUGAUGGUUUGUAAUGGUAUUUGUAGUGGAUACCAUUAGAAUUUCUGUGAUGGUUUCUAUUGUUUUUUUGUUUUCAGCAGGGAGGACAACCAAGCAGAAAAAUAAUCUGAUGGAAAAUGAUCAGUCAAAUUAUAAAUUGAAUUGUAUAAAGUUGAUAAGUUCUUGAAUGAUGUACAUGUAGUAACACAGAUUAUGUAAAAGUGGUGGUAACUUGAACAAUGCACCAUUAAGACACAAUUUCCCUUUUUAAAAGCAAAG